ACAUGAACUUCUGAGAUAAUUAAAAUGCCACCAAGUAACAUUGUGUCUAUUCUUCCCCCUCAACUCUAACGCCUAACUCCACUGAACCAUAUCAUAUUAUCAAAUUUCAAUCCAUGCCCAUUUAAAUAUAAUAAACACACAAUUUUAGUUCUGUUGAGUGAGUCAUCAUCCAUGCGAAUGUUCUCCACGAAUGCCAGCUCCUCCGUCUUCCGCUGCCGUGCCUCCGCCGGAGACCUCUCCCCCUUCCCUCGCCUCUUCCACUCACUCUCCUUACCCUCCACCGCCGCCGCCCUCGCCGGAGGCCUCAGGCUUGGCCAAACCCCCGACGGCGCAGGAACCGCCGUCGAAGGCGGUGUGGCGAGGCGCGCUGGCGGGAACGACGGUGUGAGGGUGAAGGCGAAGGAGAAGAAAUGGUCUCGGAAUAGAGAGAGCUACUUGGUCGAUGAUGCUGAGCCUCUUCCGCUUCCCAUGACACACCCUGAUUCCUCGCCUGUUUCGCGUGAAGAAAUCGAUAAGCGCCUUCGAUGCGAUCCCAAAACUGAGGAUUGUAAAGAGGUUGUUUAUGAAUGGACUGGGGAAUGCCGUAGUUGCCAAGGAUCAGGAUAUAUGAGCUACUAUAACAAAAGGGGAAAAGAGCUUAAGCAAAUGCAUUCCUUGCAUGGGAAUUGGGCUAACUGCGGUUCUUUAAUCAAGGCACCCGAGAACAAAUUAACUAUUUCUGAAAUGUUCAUUGGUUUGAAAGCUGCUAUCGCUGCUUCACAAAAAUGCAGUGUGAUGCCACUUUCAUCCCAGCUUGGCUGCCGUGCUGCACGACACAUUGGAUACGUGCAGAAAAUUACAGCUCGCAAGGGUAUUGAUCAAAUGGAGGAUUUGGAUAAUGGGAAACCCCUACUGUAUAAAAUGUCAAGGACAAGGUUCCUUGAUUUCCAAUACAGUCUCUCAAGGAAAAAUUACUUGAAGAAGCCAUCACGCCUGUUCUCCCUGGAUAAACAGAACUCUGGGCUGAAAAAUGUUUUUCAGCCAAACAUUGAUGAGAUGAAGCAGGUGUUUGACAAAUUUGAUGCAAAUAAAGAUGGGAAAGUUUCUCAACAGGAGUACAAAGCCACCCUGAAAGCUCUAGGUAUGGAGAACUCAGUUCGUGAUGUGCCAAAUAUUUUCCAGGUGGUUGAUUUGGAUGGAGAUGGAUUCAUCAAUUUUGAAGAGUUUAUGGAGGCUCAAAAGAAAGGUGGUGGUAUUAGAACGAUGGAAAUACAAAGUGCUUUUCGUAUGUUUGAUAAGAAUGGUGAUGGGAAAAUAAGUGCAGAAGAGGUUAAGGAAAUGCUGUGGAGGUUGGGAGAAAGGUGCAGCCUUGAGGAAUGCCGGCGAAUGGUGAGAGCAGUGGACACUGAUGGAGAUGGCAUGGUUGACAUGAACGAGUUCAUGGCUAUGAUGACUCACUCCCUCAGAUAUGUUUAAAUGCUUAUGGUGGCUAUGUUUCUUGAGGUUUAAUUUAGUAACAGCUUAAUGAAAGUCGUGUGUAAACAGAUCAAACGUUUCAGAGUGUAUUUUAAAAAGUGUGUUGCUAGUAUUCUCUUUA